GUCCGCCAGCCAUAACAGUUCUGAUUUGGGCGUUGUUUCCAGCGAUGGUCAAGUCGUUCUCCAAAUCAAAGCGCACGCCCGUGCGACUGCGGCACAAAAUUGAAAAAGCCAGUGCGGCGAAACAGAGGAAACUAAGAAAAGAAGAAAAGAAGAAUCCUCAGUGGAAGUCACGGUUAAAGAAAGAUCCCGGCAUUCCCAACCUUUUCCCUUUCAAAGAAAAGCUCCUCGAGGAACUCGAAGAGAAGAAACGCCAGAAAGCCGAACAAGGACAGAGGUUACGAGAGGCGGCCAAAGAGAAGAAGAGGGGUGGGAAAGAUGCCCAGACGAGAAAAACUGCCGAGGCUGAGGACGAUGACGACCUGAUGGAAGAGGAGGACGAGCUUCUGGAUGAGGAUAUGGAUGAGGACGACGACGAAGAAAGUGGAAAUGCAAACCCUCUAGCGGCUCUAGUAGCGUCAGCGCAAGCGAGAGCAGCCGAGUACGACGGCGGAGCACUAGCAGGAGACAUCGGAACCACUGCAGACGGCGAGGUUGUCGCGGAAGGAGUUCAGAUCUCGGACACAAUAUCUUCGGACCACCGAAACCCGGACUCUUCACGAAAAGCAUUCGACAAAAUCUUCAAACAAGUUCUCGAUGCCGCCGACGUUAUAUUGUACGUCCUGGACGCCAGAGAUCCUGAGGGCACCAGAUCGAGGGAGGUAGAACGACAGGUCAUGGCUGCGGAAGGUGGUUCGAAACGACUGAUUCUUGUGUUAAACAAGAUAGACUUGAUCCCCCCGUCUGUGUUGAAAGGCUGGUUAACCCAUCUACGACGAUAUUUCCCCACGAUACCACUCAGAGCAUCGACUCCCGCAUCCAACGCUCAGACCUUCGACCACAAGCAACUUACCCUAAAAGCCACCUCUGAGACACUGCUGCGUUCCUUGAAAUCCUACGCCGCAUCUAAGCAACUCAAACGGUCAAUCUCUGUCGGAGUCAUAGGCUACCCCAAUGUCGGCAAAUCCUCCGUCAUAAACGCCUUGACCUCACGUCUGAACAAGGGUGCCCAAAGCUUCGCCUGUCCUGUAGGCUCUGAGGCUGGCGUUACCACAAGCUUGAGAGAAGUCAAGGUCGACAGCAAAUUGAAAAUCCUUGAUUCGCCGGGCAUUGUCUUCCCCUCAACGGUGGACGGGGAGGGUAGAGAAGACAAACAGCGACGAAAAGCCGAGCACGAGGCUCGGUUAAUUCUUCUGAACGCGCUGCCGCCCAGUCAGAUUUCGGAUCCCAUUCCGGCAGUGAACCUCUUGCUCGAGAGACUCUCAGCUUCCGAAACGCUAUACGAGAAACUCUUGAAACAUUACGGCAUCGUAGCACUAGGGCCAUUCGCACGGGGGGACGAGACAACAGACUUUCUGGUUCAGGUCGCAAGGAAACGAGGCAGGUUGGGUAAAGGCGGUGUGCCCAAUCUGACCUCGGCAGCAAUGACCGUGAUCACAGAUUGGAGAGAUGGAAGGAUACAAGGGUGGACAGAGCCGCCCGUAUUGAAAGUCGCGGACGACGAGGAGAUGGUCGAAGGCCAGAGCGUGGACAGCAGCAGGGAGCUGCCCACUGGCGUGGACCGCAAGCAGAUUGUCAAGGAAUGGGCGGCCGAGUUCAAGCUAGAGGGCCUUUGGGGGGAUGGGCCUGAAAGCGGGAAGGGGGCAGAUGAUGCUAUGCAGGUAGAGUCAUGAGUCUGAUGUCCCGCAUGAGAUGUUUAAUGGGCGUUUCAUAGUAGGACACGAUGAUAUCCCAGAGGAUGAAUGAAUGCAUGUCACAAGCUCAAGGGAGAAGCCAUUUCGCAUCAUCCAUCAAUCCCUGCUGUCCGUGAACUCAUGCGACAGUUUGCCAUUGAAGUUGUCGCACAAGGCUGGC